GCCAUCAUGGCGGUCUCCGGGCGGGGAAGCUGAGCCGUGCGUCGCGUGCGUGCCUCCUCCCUCCCCUCCCCCCCCUCGGCGGCGGCGGCGGCGGCAGAGGCGGCAGCGCUCGCCAUUGCCGCUGGUGGCAGGAGGCUGCGAGGAGCCGGCGCGGUCGCAGUCUCCACGGCGCAGGCCCACGGUAGCGCAGCCGCUCUGAGGUGGACUGAUAUGUGGUUCGUCUGUACCGAGUUUUGUUUCCGCUUCACUCAUUGAUGGACACUUGGGUAGCUUCCACCUUUUGGCUGUUGUGAAUAAUGCUGCUAUGAACAUGGGUGUGCACAGAGCUCUUUGAGACCCUGCUUUCAGUUCUUCUGGCUGUAGAUCUUGAUGGAGGAGCACGGAGUGACCCAGACUGAACACAUGGCUACCAUAGAAGCCCAUGCCGUGGCCCAGCAGGUGCAGCAGGUCCAUGUAGCCACGUACACGGAGCACAGUAUGCUGAGCGCGGACGAAGACUCUCCUUCCUCCCCCGAGGACACUUCUUAUGAUGACUCGGACAUCCUCAACUCCACGGCAGCUGACGAGGUAACUGCCCAUCUGGCUGCCGCAGGUCCUGUGGGAAUGGCUGCUGCUGCUGCUGUGGCAACAGGGAAGAAACGGAAACGUCCUCAUGUGUUUGAGUCUAAUCCGUCCAUCCGGAAGAGACAGCAGACACGUUUGCUUCGGAAACUCAGAGCCACACUAGAUGAGUAUACUACUCGCGUGGGACAGCAAGCUAUCGUCCUCUGUAUCUCGCCCUCCAAACCCAACCCCGUCUUUAAGGUGUUCGGAGCAGCACCUUUGGAGAACGUGGUGCGAAAGUACAAGAGCAUGAUCCUGGAAGACCUGGAGUCUGCUCUAGCAGAACACGCCCCUGCGCCACAGGAGGUUAAUUCAGAACUGCCACCUCUCACCAUCGACGGGAUUCCAGUCUCUGUGGACAAAAUGACCCAGGCUCAGCUUCGGGCGUUUAUCCCAGAGAUGCUCAAGUAUUCCACAGGUCGGGGGAAACCAGGCUGGGGGAAGGAAAGCUGCAAACCUAUCUGGUGGCCAGAAGACAUCCCAUGGGCCAAUGUCCGCAGUGAUGUCCGCACAGAAGAGCAAAAGCAGAGGGUUUCAUGGACCCAAGCAUUACGGACCAUAGUUAAAAAUUGUUACAAGCAACAUGGGCGGGAAGAUCUUUUAUAUGCUUUUGAAGAUCAGCAAACACAGACACAGGCCACCACCACACACAGUAUAGCCCACCUCGUGCCGUCACAGACCGUAGUACAGACCUUCAGCAACCCUGAUGGCACCGUGUCGCUCAUCCAGGUUGGUACGGGGGCAACAGUAGCUACAUUGGCUGAUGCUUCAGAACUGCCAACUACAGUCACUGUUGCCCAAGUGAAUUAUUCUGCUGUGGCUGAUGGAGAGGUGGAACAAAAUUGGGCCACGUUACAGGGAGGUGAAAUGACCAUCCAGACAACGCAAGCGUCAGAGGCCACUCAGGCGGUGGCCUCACUGGCAGAAGCCGCAGUGGCAGCUUCUCAGGAGAUGCAGCAGGGAGCUACUGUCACCAUGGCACUCAACAGUGAAGCUGCCGCCCAUGCUGUCGCCACACUGGCUGAAGCCACCUUACAAGGCGGGGGACAGAUAGUCCUGUCUGGGGAAACCGCAGCAGCCGUGGGAGCACUUACUGGAGUCCAAGAUGCUAAUGGCCUGGUCCAGAUCCCUGUGAGCAUGUACCAGACUGUGGUAACCAGCCUUGCCCAAGGCAACGGGCCAGUGCAGGUGGCCAUGGCCCCAGUAACCACCAGGAUAUCGGACAGCGCAGUCACCAUGGACGGCCAGGCUGUGGAGGUGGUAACAUUGGAACAGUGACAUGCAGCCCUAUCAUGGCAUCGUUUUCUAGUCUACUUCAAUUUUUUACAUGUUUGCAGAGGUGCAAUCAAAUGGAAUUAAGUCUCUCGACUUGGAAGAAAAGUUUUGGUAACCUUUUUUUAAAAAGGAAGAAAGGCAGCAGAUUUUGGAAUCACAUUUUUUUAAAGCACCACUUCUGGGAUUUGGUGGAGCAAGAAACGACACCGAUUUCACUGUCCCAAAAAAGCCAAAUUGUGGCCGGACUUCUUUGUGCGGAAACGUGUGUAUACUUAUGUGUGUGUAUGUGUGAGUGUGAAUAUAUGUAUAUGUGUACAUAUGGACAUACACAUUUACAUAUGUGUAUAAAGUAUAUAUGUACAUACAUAUAUAUGUAUGAAACCCGCAUGGAAUUAUCUGUAUGAAAUCAAGGUGAACUGUGGAAAAAAUAACCCACCCAGUUUAGUGGGUGGUAGGGUACAUGGCCAGACACAGUCACCUGGUUUUCGUUCGUACCAGGGUCAUGCAUUGAGCUACUGACAAACUCAGGCAGAGGUGACCACGUCCUUCACCAAAGCUGCCUCCCAGUGGCCGCCUAGAACUCUGCUAGAUUCACGCGAGGGAAGGAAGAUUCAGGACACAGUGCGGUCCAGAAAGUGCUUACGGAGUCCAGACACCAUGUGCUUUGCCAGCAGAGACUCUUCAGGCUGGCCCAGGUGCUGACCUUGCCUCAGGCAGGUAAAUGCCCUACAGGCUCCUGGCAGGGGCAAGAAAUCUCUCCUCCAGUUCCCAUCUCCUCCCUUCCCGGAAUCCUCGGUCUCGUGACUAUUAUAGAGUUGCUUUGGUUGCAAGGGCAGUCCAGAACCAGUUCCUUUGUGAACUGAAGGU